ACUUUUAAAAUACUCCAAAUUCUCGUCACCUCUGGCGCUGUCAAUUUGUAACUGAGCUUUUGAGAUGAAAAUUUAUUUUUGACUUUUACAUUAGAUUAUUUUUUUAUAGAUUUUUUUAUUAAUCCUUAAAAAUGGCGAUGGCAGAGAAGAAAAACGAAUACGCGCCGGGGAUAGAAGCCGACAGAAAAUUGCUUCACUUCGAGACGUGGGAGGACUAUUUGGAUUCGCUCAUAGAAAUCGCUGAUCUCAGGAAUUUGAGGAGCAUAGCAUCUGCCAGAACUAUCGCGGCUCUUGGAUACAGGGCCUAUGGUGACACGUUGACUGAGAGGGAAUUCUACAACCGUCGUGAAGUCAUACAUGAGAUCGUGUACCCUAAAGGCAAGCCGUAUGUGCUGGUCAGCGAGGGAGCCAACUUAAAUGACUCCUUCAAUAGGGAACUAGCUGUCAGAGAACGAGCUAACAGAGUGGGCUUGCUACAGUCCAUAAUCUUCAUCCGCCACUUCACGAAGGGUGGUUUCGAGAUAUCAGGCUACAUCGACUACGCGCACAGACUCAUAUCUGAGAACUGGACCCCGUUCUUCAAGGGAGGCAAGAUGCUGUGGCCCAGGGACAAUGAUCUCGGAUACUAUCACUGGCGUCAUGGAACCGUUCGCAGUAAUAUUAGCAGGAAUUAUAAGCCAGUUAUGGAUCCAGACAGAGGGUUGCUAUUCCAAAACCGUCACGACCACAAGAUCAUUUGUCCCGAUCCCCAACAGGACCCGGGGCAGAACACCACCAAGCAAAGAAUAAACUCACCGAGAUACACUCAGAUCGAACUAUACGACCAUGUUGUAAGGAGAAGAAGUUGAUAUGUGCUAGCGAAACUAGUAAAGUGUCCGCGCUAUGCUAGGAGGCGACCCAAUGCGCUAUGUGAGCGAUGAAAGAUCAAAGAGUUUCUUUGUUUUGAAAAACGACUCCGUAUUAAGGAAUUUUAAUCUUCGUGU